GUGGGUGUGAGAGAGAGUGUGUGUGAUAUAAACCAACUUUAACCAGUUUUCCUUUUAAUCCGGAAACGGAAGAGGUUGCGUAUCCGGGUCGGCCAGGGCAAGAGCCAGAACCGCUGUGAGAAGCCGCCUCCCCGGCCGCGGUCGCCUUCGAGGCCGAUGGGUGACGCGCGGGAGCUUCGCAGCCGAGCCUCUGGGGCCAACGGCCCCCGGCGCCAGAGACCGAAGGCUCAGAAUGUGGCGUCGGUGACAGAAGACUUCACAGUGGAUCGCUGUUCACCCAAAGUUGGCACCAAUAAGCUGCAACAGACAAUGUCUGUAGAUGCCUCACCAGACUCCAAGUGUCCGAUCUGCCUGGACAAGUUUGAAAAUGUGGCCUACUUGGACCAUUGUUGGCAUAAGUUCUGCUUUCGUUGCGUGCAGGAGUGGUCCAAAAACAAGGCCGAAUGCCCGCUCUGCAAACAGCCUUUCCACUCCAUUGUGCACAGCAUGAGAUCGGAAGAUGACUUUAAGGUUUAUACAGUACGGCCUUCAGACACGGACUAUUUCGCUAAUCCUGACGGGAGGCGAUUCCGUUACCGGACAACUUUAACAAGGGAGCGCCGUACGUCAGCUUAUCCCCGGAGAAGUUCCUCUUCUCGAAGGACGGUGUCUCCUCCAGACAAUGGGAUUUUGUUUGAAGGGUUAUCUGGCCAGACGACGAGGCAGAGAAAUGCAGAAAUGCAUCAAAUGAUCAGGCGUCUUGCUUCGAGGCGACAAGCCAGCUUAGAAGGCAGGUCCAUGCGUCAGAUUCAGGAACAGGAGAUCAUCAACUUCCGAAGAGCUCUGUACCGCUCUGGCACACGUGUCAGGAGCAUUGAGGACGGAGGGCGCUAUAGGGACAUAUCGGCUGAAUUUUUCCGCAGGAAUCCUGCCUGCCUCCAUAGGCUAGUUCCAUGGCUAAAGCGUGAGCUCACAGUCCUGUUCGGCGCUCAUGGGUCUCUGGUCAACAUUGUGCAGCAUAUCAUCAUGAGUAAUGUGACCAGAUACGAUCUGGAGAGCCAGGCAUUUGCUGAUGACUUAAAGCCUUUCUUACUUCAUCGCACAGUACACUUUCUGCACGAGUUCAUCAGCUUUGCCAGGUGCCCGUUUAACAUAGAGGCAUAUGAUCAGCAUGCAAAUUAUGAUUGCCCUGCUCCAUCCUAUGAAGAAGGGAGCCGGUCUGAUUCCUCCAUUAUUACAAUCUCCCCAGAUGAGGCAGAUGCUCAAGAACCAGACCAUGGUUCCUUUGCAUCUGGUAUUGGUCAGGCACCAUGGGAUGAUGAGACGCCUGGUCCAUCGUACUCCACUUCAGAGCAGGUUCGUGCCGCUGUAUCUACUGCUUUGGAUACUUCGGAAAGCUCUGAUGGAGAGCCCUCUGCUAACCCAGCUGAGCUGCAGGCUCAGUUACCGGCUAGCAUGGAGAUGAAUGGUGACAGCUGCGAUUCCUCCGAUAACUGUGUUAUUGUUGGCUACGUGAAACCGUUAGCAGAGAGAACACCCGAACUAGUGGAGCUGUCUUCCGACUCUGAGGAAUCGGCUGGCGAGAAAAGCGAAGAUGUGAAGGCAGUGCAGCCCAUCCAGUAUCAUAGUUUCAGUGACUCCGAUGCCAGUGGGUCCGCGUCACCAUUCUCCAUUGGGUCCGGAGAUGGGAGCACCAGUUAUAAAACCAGCGUGUCCCUACCCAAUAAAAGGAAAUCCAAAAGCAGUGAAAAAGGCAGUAGUAAAACCAGAGAACCAGCUACCCGAUCUUGGCUACAAAGCUCUCCUACAAAAAGAAAUGGCGACGAUGACGACAGUUUAUCCAAAAGGAGGAAAUGUGAAUCGCAUUCACGUAGCAGAGAGCGUCGUGGCCUAAAAAGUAAGAGGAAGCAUCGCAGUAUGGAGAAAAGGAAAAGGAAAAGAGACGGUAGCAGACAUAAGCAUAGGAAGGACAAGAAGAGGUCAAGAACCCGAGACAAGAGUCUGUCUCGAAAAAGCCAAACUCUUUCUGUGAGUAGUGAGAGCAUUGAAUCUAGAGAUCUAAGCCGAUCUAGAUCACACAGCAACGACUACAGCAAAAGUAGAUCAAAGAGCAAAGACAGUGAUUACUACGUAAGAGACAGUUACGUAAGAGAUGGCAAGUACAAAUGGGAGUGCACCAUUUACAGCAGAAAUUCAGCCCGAGAUGGGUAUGAAUCUUCUUACAGGAGAAGGAUUCAGGCCAGAGCUCGGUAUUCAAGGCAGUCUGCUAGCCCUGACUACAGAGUGCAGUCCUUUUCUGAACGGAUGAAUACUCGAAAUCCAAGAGGUCACAGAGAAAGCAGGUAUUACUAUUAUGAGAGACGCAGAUCAAGAAGUCGCUCCAGCAGCAGGUCGAGGACUCCUCCGAGAGGACCCGAGAGAGUGCGAUCUGAAAAGCCCAGCGGAAAGAGGAAAUAUAAAACCCGUCACCUGGAGAGUGCCCAGGCAGGAAGUGAAGAAGCCUCUUCUGCAAAAGAUGCAAGCGCUCUUGAAAACCCUUCGCCAAAAUACAGGGGCUUUGACAAAAAGACAGGGAGCUUUUCGGACAGGCAACCUGAGGCCGAGAGUCGGCACAAGAAAAGGACGCAAAUAUCAAGGAGCCCAAGCGUGGAGAUUAUUUAUGAAGGGAAAGCCACGGACAUGGCAAGGCAUCAUAAAAAGAAGAGGAAAAGAGAGAGGAAGCCACGCAAGAACCACAUUGACCCUUCUCCGUUUUCUUCUCCGGUGGUAAUAACAAUUGACAGUGACAGUGAUAAGGACACUGAGAUCCAGGAGAACACAGAGUAUGAAAGUAGCAUUUCCUGGAGUCCUACAAUCCCGCAAAAUGAGAGAGAGCCGGAGUCUCCUUCGUCGCUCUUGGAAACCAGAGACUGUAAUUAUGACAGAGUUGAUGAAUUGGAAAGUAUGGACAAGGACAGCCUUGUUACUUCCACUACUAGGACGGUGGUAGAAGAUGAGACUUCAAAUGGAGACGUACAGCCGCAAGGAGCAGCCAACGGACACACCCCUACUUUGACAGACUGUGGUACUUCAUCUAGCACAGGAAAUCAGCCAAGCAGUGUAGAAGCUGACUCUGCCGGCCCCUUGCCAACCGCCAGAGCGCCUUUGCUGUUAAGGAUCUCAAGGAAACUUAUUGAACAUUCACGUCAAUUGGACUCGUCAGAGCAGAAAGUAUAACUUCUAAGACAGAACUGUUUUCAGACGAGGAUGUUCCCCCCCCCUCUCCCCCCAAUCAGACUUUUCUUGAAAGUGACAAACUUUCUCAUGGUUUCUGUGCUAAGAAUUAUGAAAUCACUCAUGCACAAAGAAGGUCUUUUCCUCCCAUUUUAUACAUAAGCCCAAGAAAGUAGAAAUCACUAAUCUCCAACCCCCCCUCCCCCGAGUUUGUUUCCUGUGUCACAAAAUCAUACUGUUCCCCACUCCCCGCUGGCCACCCCUGUAAUAUAAAUCCUCUGGUAUCUCAUAGCUUUUUUAAAAUGUAAAGUUAGGAAAUAAAUUCAGGUUUAAUUUUGCCAUGUCCUUGAUCUGCUUAUAUUGACUUUGCUUUGUGCCAUCCACUUUAAUGGAACACUUGCAGACCAUAUUUUCACUGCUCCUGCCCUGCCCUUCCCAGCUCCUCUCUUCCUGUGCUGUUUCACGCACUGGGUGGUACCCAACAAAGUCACGCUCAAGAGUAGACCCACUGAAAUCAAUUAACAUUUCAGUGGCUCUACUCUGAAUAUGAUUAACAUUGGCUACCACCCUUUUUCAAGCAGUGGGCUGCUGGAUCGACCUGAGGUACCCCGCCCUACCAAUAAAGAUCCAUGGUUGUUAAAUAAUCUUGAUUCAGGCUGCCCUUUGAGCAAGUGUUUCACAGGAGUUCCAAUAAAGACUUUCCUGAAAUCUAUUAUGUUUACCGCCUACACGCUUAUUUGCUUUCUAGUUUGCGAAACCAAUGAAUAUUGCUAGAGAAGCCCCAUGGCAUUUGCAAGUCUGGUUAUCUUAAAAACAAAACUGCAGAAUUUGUAGACAAUCUUAGCACAAUGAUGGGAGACUAAGAAAUAGUGAUUUCCUGGUAUUUUAGUGGAGUGCUAAACUGCCAGCAGAGGAUGUAAGGGAAGAAGACAUGGGAAGGUGAGAGCUCUGGUUUGGAACCAACGAGGUCCUAAAAGGCUUCAUUGGUUAUUCCCCAUGAGCAGAUCUCGCAAAUUGAUGCUUGAGUCAGCUGCUGA